UUUCAUCCGGUUGGCUGACUACCUGAUGGUGAACACCAUGCACAUCCUGGCUGUGAACUCUGUGGCCAAACUACUGGCCGUCCUGCAGGAUCAGAUUCAACACACCCCUACACACGCUGUCAUCCACAGCUGGGCCGACACCGAUGCUGCUAAUGCUGAUGCUAAUGCUAAUGCUGAUGCUAAUGCUGAUGCUAAUGCUGAUGCUAAUGCUGAUGCUAAUGCUGAUGCUGUUGCUACUGCAGCUGGAGACGGAGGUGGAGCCGCCGCUGCCACAGAGGACUUAGACAAGAAGGUACAGCAAGACAGACUGUUUGAAACCCUCUGGAACCCACAGCCGUUCCAUGGAUUUGAUCUAUUCCACAGCCUGAACACCUGAUUCAACUUGUCAACUAAUCAUCAAACCGUUGACUAGGUGAAUGAGGUGAGCUAGUUCAGAGCUACAACAUAAAGGUUGUUGAGGAGAGGUUUGAAAAAGGCUUCAGGGCAUUGACUAAAAAGCAUAGACAGGUUGGUUGUUUAGCAACAAAACCGACACAACUACGGCGCAAAACAGACAGGGUUGGCUUAGUGUUUAUUGACAACAUAAAUACAUUUAUCACUUGUUGUCUCUCAUAUAUAGUUAGUUAGUUAGUUAGUUGGUUAGCUAGGUAGUGAAUUUUAGCCAUGUUAGCAUUGACAUGAAAUCAGUCAAAACACCUCAAAACAAGACAUGGUAUCAAUAACAAGAUUAAACUUGUUGAAACGAGCCACCUACGAUUCUCCACAUGGCAGCUUCUUGUCAUUUUCUCUAGCUGUCUGACCGUUCAGAAUCAUAACAAAACACGGCUUCCGGCCCCAUCGAUGGGCUCGCAUCAUUUUCGUGACGUUUUCAGCCAACUCGUCUCAAUGGAGAUUCUCCAGUGGACCACUAGGCUUUCUAAAACCAGGGACCUGUUUAGGAGAGUUUAAUGCUGCAGAUAGAAAUGUAUUGUGUAUAACCGGUGUUAUUGUCUGUCUUGUAGAAUGAGGAAUAGAGUCAUGCUUUCUGCCUGCAUCGUUCUAAGAGGUUUACUACACGGAAGAGUGUGUUCCUUUUGUUGUGACAAUACCAUCCCUUUAACUGUGGAUUGACCCGUGUGUGUGUGUGUGUGUGUACCUCAGGCUGCAGAGCCCACAGUGGAGGUGGUUCAUCUUCUGCCCAUGUUUGUGUCAGAGCUGAUGCUGGAGACGCACGCUCUGACCUACGAACCCUCCGUAGACGUCUUCCAGGUCUGUAACCCCGGACCGCUCACCUUUCAGCUCACUGACAAUGUCAUCGUUCUGCAACAUACCAAUAUGGCUCUGAAUUUGUAGAUUUUUUUUGUUUGUAACAAUGUACUGUCUGUGUGUUUGUCUGUGUGUGUGACUGUGUGUAUGUGUGUUCCCCUAACAGGAGUGUGUGUCAGAGAUCAUCUCUAGGUUCCAGGAGACAGUGUUGUCAUUAGUUGUGCUGGUGACUGACUCCUACUUUGAUGCCUUCACUCAGCCCACGAUCAACAGUAAGGUGGGAAACACUAUCAUUGACUUGUUAGCAGGCAUUUACAUUUUAGUCAUUUAGCAGACCAGGGCUCGAAAAUAAGGGCGUCCCGUCGUCAAUAAAAAAGAUGUCUGGGACGGUUCAAAACAGUCGUUGGGACAGUUGAGGGACGACAGGCCAGAAAAAUAUAAAAUGCAUAAAACGGGUUCCGUACUAAAAUGUUUCAACGCAAAGACGAGGCUGAUGAAACGGAUCACAACAUUUAGCUUCAAAGAUGAUGAACUAUGAAUCCUUCACAUUACAAGUGCUGCAAUGUGUCCGCUCUUCUCGGCCAUAUGCGUGAAUGUUCCCAAAAUGCUAUUACGGGAGAACAAUAUUCUCAAACGCGCACCUGAUGCGAGCGGUUUUUAUAACGCGACAGAGAUGGAUAUACAGCCUAAUGGUAGAAACUUAGGAAGAGGGAAUAUCUGAAGAUGCAACAAUAGGAUUGUGCCUUAGUGCCUUUGGACAGUAGAAGAAGAAAUGCUGCUUUCAACGGCAUAUCAGGACAUUUACGUUUUUUUUGGCUGUAGGCUAUUAAAAACAAGGUAAGAUAGGCUAUGUAAAACGUCCAGGUUUCAAACAAUGAUAUAUCUGGCUAGGCAUCGCAUAUGUUAUUAUUUAGGUUAUGGAAAUGUAUAUUAGAAUAUCAUUUCAAUGUUGGGCAAAUGGAGCUAUUAGAAUGCAUAUUUGACACUCUCCCAGCCUGUCUGCGGCCCGCCCCGCCCGGGGCUGAGGUUUCACGCUGAGUUGCUGUGGCGUUGUCUGUAGGCUAUGGCCAGCUACUAUGGUAUUCUACAGCAGUGACUCCCAACCAGAGGUACUAGGACCCCUGCGGGGUACUUGGACUAUCCACAGGGGGUCCUUGAGAAGACUCAUGAGACCAUAGGCCUACUGGUAUAAUGCACACUAGGGGGUACUUCAGGGGUACUCCGGGCAGAGCAAAAUUCAGUUUGUGGUACAGUAACAGAAAAAGGUUGGGAACCACAGUUCUAGAGAAUAUGGUUGUAUCUCCCUGACCUGAACCGAAUGCACACUGUAAAAUGUGCAAAGUAUUUCUGCCUUGCGCCUCAGCUGAAGUGAGACUUUGUCCUUGUGUUCCUUGGCUAUUUACAUUUGUUUUGUUCACAAGCUAGGUUGUUUUUCAAUGUUUUGAGUUUCAACUGCUAGGGAAGACAAGCAACGCGCGGAUACUAGUCAGACUCAAUCUGACAGGUACAAACAUGACUCGCGUUACCACGGUAACCUCCCGCCCUUAAAGGGGCAGGUGACAUUUUUUGUCUCAUCUGUGAUAUUUUGGUUAAAAGACCCAGGUCACAAAAAAUGAAAUGAAAUGAAACAAUAUACCUCAUUACUUCUUACUAGUAAUACAUUUAUUGUUUUAGAAACAUUACAAAGCAUGCUCAUUGGUUUUUUGGUGUAAUUUUAGCAAAAAAUAUAUAUUUUGGCUGGUAAAAAAUCUGAGUGGCUGGUAGAUUUUUAAAUCUACCUGCCACAGUGGCUGGUGGACCAUAAAGUACAUUUUAGGCCCUGGCCGUUAGCAAAUGUUGGAUCUCAAAAAGGUGAAGGCGACCAUUCUUCAGUGACUGAAGAGGGAGGGUGAAGCAGAGAAAGUGAAGGCUGGGGAACACACACGUUCUUUAUUGUAUAUCGCUAUGUUAUGUUGUUUAAAUGGGGCAGCUGGUGGUGGAAUGCAAUGUCUCUAACUUAAAUUUAUUCAGUAAUUACUUCACAAUAACAUUGUUCUCUCUUAGAUAUAUUGUAUACAUGUGGUCAGCAUGUUCAAUUAAUACAUUAUAAUAUUCAUAAUGUAAUGGAUGUCUGUUUUCAUUAAGAUGCAAAAAGGGUUUUUCUUAACAAAUUAAGUUUUCGUUAUCUAGUCUGUCUGUAUCUGUCUCAGAAAUACACCAAUUACUUUAAAAGCACUGCAAAUGACCUCGACACAUGUUGGCAAAUCAAAACAUAUAAAAAACAAGUAUUUUAAUUUUGGGACGGUUCAAGUUCAGUUUGGGACAGUUGGAAAUUGCACUUCGGGACGGUGACAAAAAAGUUAGUCACAAGCCCUGUAGCAGACGCUCUUAUCUAGAGCGACUUAGUUAGUGCAUUCAUCUUAAGGUAGCUAGGUGAGACAACCACACCUGUUAUAGUGAGUAGAUGUUUCCUCAAAGGAGCCAUCAGCAAAACCAGGGCUAGUAGGAACAAGUCAAGUGCUGGUGUUGGUUCACCAAAGCCAAGCGGGUUAGUUUUUUAUUUUGUUGUAGUUUUUCAAGCCAGUUUUACGGACACAAAUGUUUUAAUACCCUGAAAUCUGAUUGCACAUGUUAGCCGUUCACCAAGAAAAAGAUGGCUGUGGUCCAGUUAGUAAUAAUAUCCUAUAGUAACAUGGUUGUAUUCCACUACCAUUCAGGUAGAGGAGAAGACGUAGUCCAGUUAGUAAUAAUAUCCUAUAAUAACAUGGUUGUAUUCCACUACCAUUCAGGUAGAGGAGAAGACGUAAUCCAGUUAGUAAUAAUAUCCUAUAAUAACAUGGUUGUAUUCCACUACCAUUCAGGUAGAGGAGAAGACGUAAUCCAGUUAGUAAUAAUAUCCUAUAAUAACAUGGUUGUAUUCCACUACCAUUCAGGUAGAGGAGAAGACAUAAUCCAGUUAGUAAUAAUAUCCUAUAAUAACAUGGUUGUAUUCCACUACCAUUCAGGUAGAGGAGAAGACAUAAUCCAGUUAGUAAUAAUAUCCUAUAAUAACAUGGUUGUAUUCCACUACCAUUCAGGUAGAGGAGAAGACGUAAUCCAGUUAGUAAUAAUAUCCUAUAAUAACAUGGUUGUAUUCCACUACCAUUCAGGUAGAGGAGAAGACGUAGUCCAGUUAGUAAUAAUAUCCUAUAAUAACAUGGUUGUAUUCCACUACCAUUCAGGUAGAGGAGAAGACGUAAUCCAGUUAGUAAUAAUAUCCUAUAAUAACAUGGUUGUAUUCCACUACCAUUCAGGUAGAGGAGAAGACGUAGUCCAGUUAGUAAUAAUAUCCUAUAAUAACAUGGUUGUAUUCCACUACCAUUCAGGUAGAGGAGAAGACGUAAUCCAGUUAGUAAUAAUAUCCUAUAAUAACAUGGUUGUAUUCCACUACCAUUCAGGUAGAGGAGAAGACGUAAUCCAGUUAGUAAUAAUAUCCUAUAAUAACAUGGUUGUAUUCCACUACCAUUCAGGUAGAGGAGAAGACGUAAUCCAGUUAGUAAUAAUAUCCUAUAAUAACAUGGUUGUAUUCCACUACCAUUCAGGUAGAGGAGAAGACGUAAUCCAGUUAGUAAUAAUAUCCUAUAAUAACAUGGUUGUAUUCCACUACCAUUCAGGUAGAGGAGAAGACGUAAUCCAGUUAGUAAUAAUAUCCUAUAAUAACAUGGUUGUAUUCCACUACCAUUCAGGUAGAGGAGAAGACGUAAUCCAGUUAGUAAUAAUAUCCUAUAAUAACAUGGUUGUAUUCCACUACCAUUCAGGUAGAGGAGAAGACGUAAUCCAGUUAGUAAUAAUAUCCUAUAAUAACAUGGUUGUAUUCCACUACCAUUCAGGUAGAGGAGAAGACGUAAUCCAGUUAGUAAUAAUAUCCUAUAAUAACAUGGUUGUAUUCCACUACCAUUCAGGUAGAGGAGAAGACGUAAUCCAGUUAGUAAUAAUAUCCUAUAAUAACAUGGUUGUAUUCCACUACCAUUCAGGUAGAGGAGAAGACGUAAUCCAGUUAGUAAUAAUAUCCUAUAAUAACAUGGUUGUAUUCCACUACCAUUCAGGUAGAGGAGAAGACCUAGUCCAGUUAGUAAUAAUAUCCUAUAAUAACAUGGUUGUAUUCCACUACCAUUCAGGUAGAGGAGAAGACGUAAUCCAGUUAGUAAUAAUAUCCUAUAAUAACAUGGUUGUAUUCCACUACCAUUCAGGUAGAGGAGAAGACGUAGUCCAGUUAGUAAUAAUAUCCUAUAAUAACAUGGUUGUAUUCCACUACCAUUCAGGUAGAGGAGAAGACGUAAUCCAGUUAGUAAUAAUAUCCUAUAAUAACAUGGUUGUAUUCCACUACCAUUCAGGUAGAGGAGAAGACGUAAUCCAAUUAGUAAUAAUAUCCUAUAAUAACAUGGUUUUGUAUUCCACUACCAUUCAGGUAGAGGAGAAGACGUAGUCCAGUUAGUAAUAAUAUCCUAUAAUAACAUGGUUGUAUUCCACUCCCAUUCAGGUAGAGGAGAAGACGUAGUCCAGUUAGUAAUAAUAUCCUAUAAUAACAUGGUUGUAUUCCACUACCAUUCAGGUAGAGGAGAAGACGUAAUCCAGUUAGUAAUAAUAUCCUAUAAUAACAUGGUUGUAUUCCACUCCCAUUCAGGUAGAGGAGAAGACGUAGUCCAGUUAGUAAUAAUAUCCUAUAAUAACAUGGUUGUAUUCCACUACCAUUCAGGUAGAGGAGAAGACGUAGUCCAGUUAGUAAUAAUAUCCUAUAAUAACAUGGUUGUAUUCCACUCCCAUUCAGGUAGAGGAGAAGACGUAGUCCAGUUAGUAAUAAUAUCCUAUAAUAACAUGGUUGUAUUCCACUCCCAUUCAGGUAGAGGAGAAGACGUAAUCCAGUUAGUAAUAAUAUCCUAUAAUAACAUGGUUGUAUUCCACUCCCAUUCAGGUAGAGGAGAAGACGUAGUCCAGUUAGUAAUAAUAUCCUAUAAUAACAUGGUUGUAUUCCACUCCCAUUCAGGUAGAGGAGAAGACGUAGUCCAGUAGUAAUAAUAUCCUAUAAUAACAUGGUUGUAUUCCACUCCCAUUCAGGUAGAGGAGAAGACGUAGUCCAGUUAGUAAUAAUAUCCUAUAAUAACAUGGUUGUAUUCCACUACCAUUCAGGUAGAGGAGAAGAUGUGUGGUGACGGCCCCGGUCUGGAGUCCAUGUUAGAGAAUGAUAAACAUCUCCUGAACAUCAUCCUCCACAUCAAGGUCAGCAUUCUGUGUCCUUUCAAAGGUCAAAGGUCAUUUGCAUUAUCUAAGUGGAUUGUAAUUGUCUUGGACGUUUUGGUGUCAACUUGGCGUCCGUUAUGAUUCGAAAUGCCAAAGCUCUUUAAAUCUAUUGUGGCAGUUAAAUGACUGUCACAGUCCAAUGUUUUGUUCUCUAGCCUCUUCGUCCUUUGAUUUGUUUUCUUUCCUCAUCUCCCUCUUCCUCCUUCUCUCGCUCCCUCUCAGCAAUCGCUCCAGUUUGCGUUUGACUCGGCCAGCGUGUACGCGCGCACCUUUGAGAGGUUCCGCGUCUUCUACAGAGAGAAUGAGAGUCUGGACCUGGACGCGCUCAGAGAUGAAGAUCACGGUACCGUAGCAACGCUCUUCAUCAUCAACAUCAUCAAUUAAAUUAACUUACUAGGGAACAGAGAAAAAUGGAUGAGCCAAGGCUUUUCAGUAUGUAGCUUUGAGUUGCUCUACAUUCAGUACAAUGCCAUAGCAGCAUAUGCAUUUUGUCUCAGUUCAUUCAGACCUUUGGAUCCAAUGAGGUCCUUUAGGUGUUUUCUGUAUAUUUCACAGUGGCCAAUCAGCACUCCCCAUCUCUCUUUUCUAAACUGUCUAGAGAAUCAUCAUGUGACUCUGUACCCUGUCCUGUUCCCUGUAGGAGUGGCGUUCUUCGCUGAGAGUCUGGAGAAGUACCACGGGCAACAUGAAGAGGCCCUGGCCAUCAAACAGAAGAGACACCUGGGCAUGCUGCUGGUAGACACCACCCUGCUCAAAGGGAAACUCACCCCCUCACCACUACGCUGUCUGGAGGUAGGAGGAGAGGGACACUCACAUACCCAGUGUCAAACCACCCCCUAGGCCCUGGGCCCUAUGCACUUGUGGAGAUCUGAGACUUUUUCAUUGGUAUUAGCAAUAUGUGUAAAUAUAAACUUCCACUUAGCCUAUCAGAGGGCAAGUUUGAGCUGUUGCCAAAUUGCUUACACCUGUCAAAUCCUCUCGGAUCUCCACAAGUGCAUAGGGUGUAGGAUCAACGGGUCGAUUUGAGAUUGGGCUAUCCAUCCACUGACUAACAUUAACCCCUGUGCUGCCUCCGCUCCAGGCGAUCAAUGACAUGCUCCCCCUGCUGGCCAAGAGAAAGAUCGACGCCAUCAUCGCUGAGGCUCAGGACGCCCAGUUCAAAUUGGAGUUCAUCCCCUCUGCAACCACAGAG